UUAAUUUGAAAAGAGUGAUGAUUUUGUCUCAUUGAUUAAAUUGUUUUCUCUUCAUCAUCACCUUAAUCAUCGACAACUUAUUUUCAUUUAAUUACCAAUUUCUCUGAUUUAUCUGGUCAAUCGAGAAGAAGAAAAAAAUAGGAUAAGAGAAUAAGAGAAUAUUUCAAUUGUUUUAUUAUCCACUUGUUUUUAGUGUUCUUUUUACUUUUGUUUUUGUUUUGUUUUUUGUUCUAUUCUCAUUUGUUUCUUUCUGAUCAACAGUUGAAAAUGUCUACCCAACCCGAACGAAACCAUAAUUCGUGUGAUUUUUUCGAUGAGGAUAUUGUUUAUCGAUUAAACAAUAAAGGUCAAAUUGAGGUUGGAAUAGUAGUUGAAAGCUGCGAGAAUGCCUCAUCAUCGGACGAUGAUUCAGACACUGAAUCAGGUGAAGCGAAGAAGAAAUUGAAACGCCUUAAACCAGGAACAACUGGAGUCUCAUGGUAUCCAAGGGGUAAUUUUGAAAAUCUACCAGAGAAAAAGGUUAAACUAUAUGAUCGAUCUCUUCUUCCGGGUGAUGUGGUCAAGUACAUUGGUCCAUCGAGAAAUGGUUUAAUUGGCUACUGUAAAAGCUCCAAUAUUAAUUUUUGCCUUAAAAUUAUUGGAACCAAUAAGAUCAUUGAAAAUGUCGAUAGCUCUUGUUUUGAAAAUCUGACCCCAGUCCAAACGGACAUCGUUUGUAUUUACAAUUCUUGGAUUGGUUACAUAGAUGAUACAAGCUAUGCGGUCACUUUAUUAUGUAAAGAUGGGUCAAUAGUUGUACUUCAAGAUGAGGAAUUGAAUGAUUUUGAAGAUCUACUUGAAGAGAAAAGUCGAUCCUGCCAAUUUUCCAGUGAAAACAAUUAUAUUGGUCAACGAUUAACUGGACCAAGAAAAUGUCUUCGAACGGGUAAUUGGAUAAAGCAAACUGAAGAAAUGGCCACUGCAUUAGCGUCCAAGAAAUUACGUAAACGUCGAGUUCAAGUUACUGUGAUAAAUGUUGAAUUAGCUUCAAUCUCAUGUCGUUGGUUAUGUUGUAUCCAUCGGAGUAAUGAUCUUAUUCCCGGUGGAAUCAAUAUUAGUGUUAAACAAACCCGAUUAACUGUGAAAGAAGAGGCUACCGAAGAUUCAGAUUCUAGUCUUAAAGAAAACCAAUGGUCAGUUGACUUACCCAAUUUCGGCCGGGUCACCAUUCAAGAAUAUGAUGAAACCUCUGGUAAAACUGAAUUACCAUGUGACGUGAUUUAUGGUGACGAAGUGAAAAAGGUUCGAGUUCUCAAUUAUUAUCAAAAAUGUACCUUACAAGUUGGUGAUUUGGGAUAUUACACAUUAAAGGAAAGCGAUAAAUUGGUCAAUGAAGAUGUUUUCGUUAAAAAAUUGACCAACAAAAUUAUCCGUGAACGUUUUGACCUAUCCAAUGUUAAAUCAAGCACAUCAAUUAGUCAAGAAACUGAUGCUAAAAGAUUAAAUCAACUGAAAGAAUCAACCAAAAAUUCACCAAGUGAAUUAGCACCUUCUCCUAAUCCACAAAUAGAGGAUAACAAUUCUAAUGAUGCCAGUGAAGAUGAAUAUGAAGAAGUCUCGGAUUCUGAUGAUGAUUCAACCUCUCAAGCUGAUUCGUUGACUCGUUGUAUUAUUGAUGAAUUAACCUCGAAUAGUAACAAUAAUCGAGGUCGAAUUAGCCGUAAGAAAAAGUGCCCUUCCGUUUCAGUGAAAAGAGUGAAAGAGAAAAAGUUGAAACCAUCACAGAAACGGGAAAGAGCCGAGAUGCCGGUUGACCUAUCGAUUGGCUCUCGAAUCGCUGUACAAAUCGUCUCAACGGAAACUAAAGUGACCCUAAUUUCCCAAAACAAUGAGACCUUAACUGAUGUUCCUUCAUACCUUUUAUAUCCCUUACAUCACCUGGAUGGUCAUGAGUUUUUCCCUGGUGAUUUUGUAAUUGAAAAUCGUGAGGCUGUUUCAUUUUUAGUCUAUGGCGUUGUCCAGAAAGUUGACCGAGCCGCUCGAACGGUUCUAGUCGAUUGGUAUAAAACUUCAACAACCGAAACCAAACCAACCUUUUUAUCACAAGAAAAUGUUAGCGCUUAUGAUAUUAAAGAUCAUCCAGAUCAUCAUUAUCGAGCAGGAUGUUGUGUAAUCAGAGUAGAUUCAAAUAAUCAUGAAUAUCCACCGGGUGACCCAUUCACUCGAGCAGGUCAAGUGAUUGAAUGUUGUACUGAUGGACAAUUGUUAUGUGCUUGGGCCGAUGGAACCAAAUCAAAAGUAUAUCCUCAUGAAUUAUUUAUCAUCGGUGAAUAUGAUUCAGAUGACCUCUGGGCAAGUGACAAUGAAAUUGAAGAGGAUAAUCUAGAUAAUAGUAUGCAAUCAUCUGAACAAGGGACACCCAAUCGUAGUAAAACAAUUGAAAGGAAAGGUGAAUUCGCAAUGAUUGAAUCAGUGCCUUUAGCACAUUCUUACAAAGACUCAGCCCUUGCGUCCACUGAAUUUUUCCACCGUAAAAUAAGGAAGGAGAUAACUUUAUUGAAAAAUUCUCUACCCCCUGAUAUUCAUGUGAAAAGUUUCGAUGAGCGAAUUGACCUAUUCUCUGUGAUGAUAAAAGGUCCAUCGGAUACACCUUAUGAAGAUGGACUUUUCCUCUUUGACAUUCAAUUACCAUGCAAAUAUCCAUUUGUACCUCCAUCGGUCCAGUAUAAAAGCUACUGUACCGAUCGGCUUAAUCCAAAUCUCUAUGAAUGUGGUAAAGUUUGCAUUUCUUUACUUGGAACCUGGACCGGAAAAGGAACCGAAGUUUGGGAUUCUAAAAGUUCAACUCUCCUUCAAUUGUUACUCUCAAUUCAAGGACUUAUCCUGGUACCCGAACCUUAUUACAAUGAGGCCGGUUACAUGAGGCAAAAAGGAACCCCAAUCGGCCAUGAAAAUAGCCGUUUAUACAAUGAGAUGGUGAUUGUUAAAUUAAUCCAAUCAAUGACCAAAAUGAUUAUUUCCCCUGAAGAUGCUUUUAAAGAUGAAAUUAUGGACCAUUUUAACAAGCGAAUGAAACAUUUUAUCUCUCGAAUUGAAAAUUGGCUCAAAAUAUCUGAUACAUGGAACAGUAAAUAUUCAAAUGAACCAAUUGACAAAAUGUUAACCCUGUUAAACUUACAAGAUGAUUACAGUGCAAAAAGAUUACCGGGUUUCCCAUUGUUACCCGGAUCUCAAGGAUUCUGUUUAUCUGCUCGAAAAGCAUUGAACAUUUUGAAAGAAAACCUUACCUCUUUGAAUAUCAAAUUCUGAUGAUGAUGAUCAACCACCAACACUUCAAUUAUCAUUACAUUAAUCAGAAUGUAAUCAACUUAAAUAACGUUUUACUCGAAUCUUCAUCAAUCACUUUUCUCUUAAAUUUUCACACUUUCAAUUAAAAUACCUCUUGAAAGAUUUACUCUUCUUCUCCCACCUUGUUUAAUUCUGUUCAUCGAGUCUCUAAAAUCAUCAAUGUUUAACAAUAGAAAGGAAAACAUUAAUGGAAAAUUAAAAGAAAACUUAAUUGUAACUAAUUAAAGUGAAAGAGUUUCAAAAACUCAUUUGGUUUUUUACCCAACACACAGAAAA